UGUUCAUCCAACCCACAUGCAAACUCAACCAACCUUAUUUACAAGUUUCAUCUCUCCCCUCUUUAUUACUCAUCUUUUCAUUUCUUUAUUGCAUGUAGGGUCACCAUUCUCCACCCUCCCCCGACCCCCAAUCUCUCCUUUUUUUCUUUCCUCGUAAGAACAGAAAGAAAAGGCUCAAAAGCAUAUACAGAAAAGAGACCUUUUUUUUGUUGUUCUCUCUGGAAAGUGAAGAAUGGAAGAGGUUGAAGCUGAAGUUCAGAAGCUGCCUGAAAGGCUUACACCAUGCAACAGUGGAAGAAGGAGAAGCUGUGACUGUGAUUCUAACCAUUCACCCGAAUUUGAGUUUUGGAUGGUCCGAAACCCGUCUUUUCCUCAGCCCAACCAACUCUCUGCUGACGAGCUCUUCUCCGAUGGCGUCCUUCUUCCUUUAGACCUUCUCCAGUGCCCUUCCGCGGAUGACCCACUUGAACCUAAUGGGCCAAAUACUUCUUCACAGCAUAAAACUGAGCUUGAACCAUCCGGGUCUGGUCGACCCGAACCCGAAACAGAACUCUCUGCGUCGAUAGUCAAUACGUCGGCGGGCGGCGGUUCUUUUACUUCAUCAAAGCGUUGGAAGGACAUUUUCAAGAAAACCGAGAAGAAAGAGAGUAAUGAUGUGAAGAAGAAGGAGAAGAGGAAAGAGAAGAAAGUUAUAAGUGGAAGCAAUGGGGUGAGUACAGGUGCUGAGCUCAAUAUCAAUAUUUGGCCAUUUUCGAGGAGUAGAUCCGCUGGAAACGGCGGAAGUAGGCCUCGGGUUACCGGUGGAUCCGGUUUGGCCACCCGAAAGGUUAGUAGUGCUCCUUGUUCUCGGAGUAACUCAGCCGGUGAAUCCAAGUCAAGAAAAUGGCCCAGUAGUCCUAGCCGUGGUGGGGUUCAUUUGGGCCGCAGCAGCCCAGUUUGGCAGGUCCGCCGGAAUCUUGGACCAGGAUCCGGUUGCCGGAGCUCCGAUAACCUCGUGAAAACUGCUGAAAAACCACUCAGAAAAGAAGCCCCCCUAUAUGAAAGCAGCACCAAAAAAAAGGCAGUUAAAAAAGAAAGCGUUGAAUGUCGCCGGAAAGUGUCGUCAACGGCGGCCGGUGGUGGUGGGCCUAAAGCUAGAGUCUUGAACUUGAAUGUUCCUAUGUGCAUUGGUUACAGGAAUCAGUUAAGUUGCAGAAGUGACGAAAACAGUGCCAUUAGUGUCGCCGCCGCAUCUGCCGGCGACGGUGGUGAUCAGAGUGGUGUCGCGGUGACCAGUGAAGGGAUACGCGGCAGUAGUAAUCUAUUUAAUAUCAAAAGCCUAUUUACCAAGAAAGUCUAUUAAUUUAAUACUGGUAAAUCCAAAUUAGUAAUUACACACUUUUUUGAAUAUGUUAGUGUAUCUAUCGUUAUCCUUCUCUAUAUUCUCAUAUGUAACUUUUUCUUUUUUGGUAUAUGUGAAGUCCUAACUUUUGACGUUUGCAACUCUGCAUUUGUGUAAUAUCUGGGGCUCAGUUUCCUCAACUUACUAGCUACUUCUGUUCAGUAGGCAUACAGUACUCUUGUUAUUGAGGUUGAAUUCAUUGUAUAAUUUAUCCUACUUUAGUUUUUGCUCUUAA